CUUCCAGACCUUAGCGUCAGUGCAGGCGGCGGGCAUUGCCAGGCCCUGCCUCCCACUGGGAGGGAAGUGGAGACCUUCUUUCAGUCUAGUAGAAUUGUGUUUUUCACAGCGAAAGGAGUUUGUAUCUCUGCGGCUACUGUGUAUAGCCUUUGACCAAAAACGCGCGAACACCUGUCCUAAAGGGAGGGUCCGUGUUCCUGGUGAGCCCAUCUGCUGCCUGAAAACCAGGACGAAAUAAGUGAUUAUUCAGAAACUUAUUCCACUUCCAAGGUCUGACUGUAAAUAUUGACAAACUCUGAUUUGCCUUAAUACUCCAAAUCAGGAUUUGGGACCUGUGGUAGAUGGAACUUGAUUUUAAAGUCCCCAAGCUCUUUUAUGGCAAAUGACUGUCCUCUACAGAGGAAAAAAAUUCUAUUGAGACAUUGGAAAUGUACUGGAUUCACAGUGUACUUGUAGCAAACACCACAUCUUACGGAGUUUUUUGUCUGUUACCCUGUCAUGACCCAGGACUUUAGUUGGUUUUCAAGCUAUUCCUGACUAUGUGAUGUUUGUCAUUUAUUCUAGGUGUUUAAAACAUAGCUGAUCAUUUGGUUGUUGAUUCCUGUGAGAGGAAAUUUGAUUUUAAGUUAAAGAUAAUUUCACGUACUAGGAUAUUAAAAACACUCAAAUGUUUAGAUCUAUUUUAUUGUAAGACAGUCUUCAAUAAGUAACUACCUAUUAAACUUGUUUUCUAAUUUUCUCUUGCUUUUUUGACUUGGGUGAUGGUCAGUUAAGUAACUUGAUUUAGAAUUUUUUGGUUUUGACAAGUAGAAAGGUUAGAUCAUGUUAGUGGGCGAAAUGGUUAAUUCUAAUUCCUUUUCAUAAUCAAAAUUAAGAGUACUUAAGAUUUCAUUCCAUGCAUUCACAAUUUUCAUGGAUUCCUCGUUGAUAUUUUUUGGUUGUUUUUUUUUUAUUUUGUUUUGUUUUUGUCUUUAGGAAACCGAUAGUAUAACCUUACUAGAUAGUAUUUUCCUUAUGUAUGUUGGCUAUAUUAGUCUACAUGUCUUUUCUUUUUACUGUUUAAAAAUCAUGUCAAGAAUAAAGUCAGUUGUCAGAAAGGUGGAAAUAAUAAAACCUAAAGAAAAUGGAGAACCUUUCCAAAGAAUAGAAACUAUAGUGGAAAGUCACCUUUUGUUCUUUAAUCAAUUCCAUUGAAAUGGUUUUGAAAUUGAGAAUAUAUUGUUAUUUUUGAUAAGAAAAUCUGUAUGAAAAAUUCCAAUAAUUGAUUCCAAAUCUGUUUUGAGAGAAAAAUAAUAGAAUCUGUUUUGCCAAAAGAAAAACAAUAGUACUCUUUAGAAUAUUCCUACAAAUGUGUGAAUAUUUUAGACAUUAGAAUUUUUGUGAAAAUGAUUAAUAACUGUUUAAAUCUUUGCAUUUGUUGCUCCAAAUGUCUUCUUACCCAUGACUUCCUGUUGUACUGGUGGAAUAUUAAUCGAUUUGUAAAAUUGUAAUGUGUUUAAAAAAAGUAGAUUAAACCUGAAAUUUAACCUGUUUGGCAUUGUAAAAAGGGAAUAGCCCUUUCACAGAAGAGGCUUAUCUUGGAAUCAUGGUUUGACUAUUUUUACAAAGAUGUGACUCCUUAAGAUGGAAGAUGGUGCCACAAAACAUGUCAUCCAAAUGACAGGAUUUAAGAUGGAAGAAAAGGAAGCUCUAGUCAAAUUACUUUUAAAACUAGAUUGCACUUUUAUUAAGAGUGAGAAAUAUAAAAAUUGUACACAUCUUAUAGCUGAACGCCUGUGCAAGAGUGAAAAAUUCUUAGCAGCUUGUGCAGCAGGAAAAUGGGUAUUAACGAAGGACUACAUAAUUCAUAGUGCCAAAAGUGGCAGAUGGCUUGAUGAAACAACUUAUGAAUGGGGAUAUAAAAUUGAAAAAGACUCCCAUUAUUCACCACAAAUGCAGUCUGCACCUAAAAGAUGGCGUGAAGAGCUGAAACGGACUGGUGCUCCAGGAGCCUUCCACAGAUGGAAAGUCGUCCUCCUUGUUAGGGCAGAUAAGCGAAGUGAUUCUCUCGUAAGAGUUUUGGAAGCUGGAAAGGCAAAUGUCAUUUUACCAAAAAGUUCUCCAAGUGGGAUAACGCAUGUGAUUGCCAGUAAUGCAAGAAUCAGUGCUGAGCGAGAACAAGAGAACUUUAAGGCUCCAUUUUAUCCAAUUCAGUAUUUAGGGGAUUUUCUUUUAGAGAAAGAAAUUCAGAAUGAUGAAGAUUCCCAAACCAGUUCUGGUUGGACCAAAUACAGCAAUCAAGAAGAAAGCAAAGAUUUUAAGAAAGACUCAGGAUCUCUUGAAAUGAAAGCUGCUGGAGAGAGCAUGUAUAGAAUCCAGAACAAAAUGGAAAAUCAUGACAAAAAUAUUAAUGACAGAUUUGUUCUGAGUGAACAUCACAAUAAAGAAAAAUUCAGAGACUACAGAAAAUAUAUGAAAUCUGUUAAAAAGAGAAAUACAUUUAGAAGACAUGUACAUGAGAAUCAGAAAGAAACUAAGAAAAAACAUAAGAAUGUCCAUAAAAGUUACAUUUUGAGGAAAAAGAACAGAAAAGAAGAUUAUUACAAAACUGAUGAUGAACAUGACACAAUCAGAAGUACUUUAAAAAAGCAUGUGCAUUACAGAGAUCAGUUUUUUAUAUGUAUGCAGAAAGAAAUGAAUUCUCUUCUUACUGAUUAUGCCAUUGACUCAAAAUCCAAGGAUGUCAAGACAAACGUGGGUCUCACCGAAAUAAAAAAUGCCUUAAAGAAACAGAUAUACAGAGACGUAUAUAGAGCUCAGGCUGUACGAUACAACUGCAUUAGAAUAGAUAAACAGCCUGUAUACAAUGUAGAGGUUAAGAAUGCAGAGCUCCCCAGAGGAAUAUUAAACUUAAUUGAAAGCCUCAUAGAGGGACAAUUCUUUAAAGAAGCCAUUGAAGAGCUUUGCUCUUUGCAAGCCCAUUAUGUCCCUCCUGUGUGCCUUCUCCACACCCUUCUAGAGAAUGUCCUACAGGAUAACAUAGAUACAUUUUCUGGUCGAUACUUUCAUAUAUUAUCAGCUCUUCUUCAUCUGCAUCCUCCUUGGAAAUCACCAGCCAUGUUAAGAUACUACUUAGAGUUAUUUCAGUGUCCAACCUGUAGGAAAGGAGCCUGGUCUCUGGUAGAAGUGCUUGUCAGGUCUUGCCUUUUCAACGAAGGUUUCUGUCAUCAAAUAUCAGAAAAUAUUGGUUCAAAGGUGGUCCAUCUUACAUUGCUCAAGCUUUUCUUUAAUUUAUUUGAAAGUGAAGUACGGCAUUUGAUUCAAAAGUUGUGUGACUGGUCAGGUUCCCAGAGUCUGAAAGGAACAGAAAAGGCAAUUGUUCUUGAAAUCUUUUGGUCAGGAAGUGAAACUUCAGGACUUCUGACAAAACCAGUAAAUAUGCUUUUGGAAUGGACUAUAUAUUCUCACAAGGAAAAAAGCAAGUCUAAUGAUGUCUUCAAACAUGAACUCGCUUACUUACUGACUGGGAUUCUUGGAGCAGCAAUAGAUUAUUGGAUCUUCCUUGGUAUUCAGAUGGGUAGAAAUGUGAUCCGACACAUGUCUGAUGACUUAGGAAGUUAUAUCUCCCUUUCCUGUGAUGACUUUUCUUCACAAGAACUAGAGAUCUUCAUUUGUUCUUUUUCAUCCUCCUGGCUUCAAAUGUUUGUUGCAGAAGCAAUCUUUAAAAAGUUGUGGUUACAAGGCCCUACCAAUGCUUGCACCGAGCCACUCUCUCUUCAGAAAAUAAUAUACUCCUAUUUGCCAGUUUUGGGAGAAAUGGACAUACAUAGGGCUAGAAAGAUGCAGAUGCCAAAAAGAAUCGGCCAGCGACCUUUCCUAGAGUCUCAGAGAGCAUUACUAAUGCUGAAUGGUGCAAAGCAAAAGCAAGUUGAAGGUUGGCCAGAAUUUCCAGAGCUGAACCGUGCUAAAUGUUCCUCAUCAUUGAAAAAAUUGAAAAAGAAAUCAGAAGGAGAAUUGUUGUGUUCCAAGGAGAACUGCCCCUCUUUGGUUACAAAGAUGAAUUUUCACAAAACUAAUCUAAAAGGGGAAACAGCUCUGCAUAGAGCUUGCAUAAAAAACCAAGUGGAGAAAUUGAUCAUUCUUCUCUCUUUGCCAGGAAUAGACAUCAAUGUUAAAGACAAUGCUGGCUGGACGCCGUUGCAUGAAGCCUGUAACUAUGGCAACACAGUGUGUGUCCAGGAAAUUUUGCAACGUUGUCCAGAGGUAGAUCUGCUCACUCAAGUGGACGGGGUGACUCCUUUGCAUGAUGCACUGUCAAACGGACAUGUAGAAAUUGGCAAGCUGCUACUACAGCAUGGGGGCCCAGUGCUUUUACAACAGAGGAACUCUAAAGGGGAGUUGCCCUUGGAUUAUAUUCUGUCACCUAAAGACAAGGAAGAACUCUUUGCCAUUACCAAUAUAGAUGACACAGUGGACAACUUUCAUGCUCAGACACAGAAACAAUUUUAUCACCAACAGCUUGAAUUUGGUUCAUUUUUACUUAGUAGGAUGUUGCUUAGCUUUUGUUCAAUAUUUGAUUUAUCUUCAGAAUUCAUCCUAGCUUUCAAAGGGUUGGCCCAUCUAAGUGAGUUGCUUAUGGCAUGUACUAGUGACCACACAGAACCCACCACUAUACAUACUGACUGGUUACUGGAUCUUUAUGCUAGGAACAUAAAGACAUUAAAGAAGCUCCCAAAUGUUCUUAAGGAACUUCCUGAGAAUCUAAACGUGUGUCCUGGAGUGCAUACUGAGGCCUUAUUGGUAACACUGGAAAUGAUGUGUCGGUCAGUCACAGAGGUGUCAUGAUGCUGGAAAGUGAGAGUCAGAGUCUAAACAUGCAACUUAUUUUGUCACUUAGUACAUCCAUAGCUUAUAGACAAAUAAUAAUUUGAUGUAUUCACUAACAGAUUUAUAGCAGAUUUUCAUAGCACUUAAAAAACAUCUGCAGGACAAGAAUAUGGGCUCCCUUUCCAGUGUUUAGAAUUUAACUCAGAAAGAUACAAUGUUAAAAUGAAGCAGUUUUGUUGGGUAUAAAAUGUUUUGAUUGAUCUUUAGAAAUAUUUGUUCUGAAAAUAUAUUUAUAUUGUUUAAUGUAGAAAAUUAAAUAUUUUUUCAUAUAAAAAUGUCCUUUCCUCUAAGUACUAUAGGUUUUAAAAUCAUGGUAAGGAUAUUCAUUAAAAUGUGUAUCUAUAUACUUGUAAAACUUGUUUCUUCCUUAUAAGCUAAUGUCCAAAAUACAUUUGCUUUUCUGUGUUUCUAAAAUAAGCCUUUCUGGAUUUUUAAAUUAUAUUUAAUAAACUUUGAUUUUUAAAUGCUA